AUGGAAAAAACAUUUAAAGAAGUUCUUGAACCAAAAAUCAGAGCAAAGAAUGUACAUCUGAAAACAUGCACCUUUACCAAGAUCCACUUUGGCGAGAAGUGCCCUAGAAUCAAUGGAAUAAAAGCCUACACCAAAGAAAUCGAUAGAAGACAGGUUGUCCUGGACCUCCAGAUAUGUUACAUAGGGGACUGUGAGAUCCACAUGGACAUAUCGAAGUUUAAUCUUGGAGUGAAAGGCAUACAGUUGUAUGGGACACUGAGGGUGAUACUGGAACCUCUUCUAACUGAUGCACCUUUCAUUGGAGCAGUGACCUUGUUUUUCAUGCAGAAACCACACUUGGAAAUCAACUGGGCGGGUAUGAGCAACCUCCUAGAUGUCCCAGGGAUUAAUGUAAUGUCAGACUCACUAAUCCAAGACUUCAUUGCUGCACGGCUGGUUCUGCCAAACAGGAUCACAGUGCCUCUGAAAAAGAACAUGAACAUUGCCCACUUGAGGUUCCCUAUCCCACACGGAGUAAUAAGGGUUCAUCUACUAGAAGCUGAGAAUCUAGUGCAGAAAGACAGUUUCCUUGGUGCCAUCAGGGGGAAGUCUGACCCCUACGCUCUGCUCCGCGUCGGCACGGUGCAGCAUCGCAGCAAGACAGUUUCUAGAGAUCUUAAUCCUAUCUGGAAUGAGACUUUUGAGUUUGUUGUUCAUGAAGUGCCUGGUCAGGACUUAGAAGUGGACUUGUACGAUGAAGAUCCAGAUAAAGAUGACUUUAUGGGCAGCUUGCUUAUAAGCCUAGUGGAUGUAAUGAAUGACAGAACUGUUGAUGAGUGGUUUCCCUUGAGUAAGACAACAAGUGGACACUUGCAUUUAAAGCUGGAGUGGCUUUCGUUAAUAAAUGACCAAGAAAAACUACAUGAGGAUAAGAAGGGUCUGUCUACAGCUCUUCUGGUAGUCUACUUGGACAGUGCCUUCAACCUCCCAAAAAACCACUUUGAGUAUUCAAAUGGUGAAUGUGGAGCAAAGAAGAUCAAAAAUAACAAGUACCUCAAGAAGAUGGAACGAGAACCUUCCUCCUUUGUCCUGCUCACAGUAGGAAACAAGACUCAGAAAAGCAAGACCUGCAGUUUCAGCAAGGAUCCCACAUGGGGCCAGGCUUUCACCUUCUUUGUCCACAGUGCUCAUUCCCAGUCGCUCCAUGUUGAGAUUAAAGACAAGGAUCGGGAUAGUGUCCUGGGAACUUCAGUGGUAUGUCUCUCCCACUUACUUAAGGACCCAAACAUGACUCUGGAUCAGAGAUUUCAGCUGGAUCAUUCCAGUUCAGACAGCUUCAUUAAGAUGAAACUUGUGUUGAGGGCCUUGAAUGUUGAAGAGCCCGAUCCACAAAGAGUCAAGGUUGGUGUCAAUGCCUCGAAGCAAGGUCCUGUGCAUGUCAUGGUGAAGGGUGGAAACCAACAAAAGCUUGCUUCCCCACCAAAACCAGAAGUCUCAAAAGUACCUCCAGUGAGCAAAGACUCUGCAGCAUUUGAAUCCCUGACGAAAAAGGACAGCAGAGAAGACCUAGACACAAAUGACAGUUCAGCAGUGCCAAGUGAAACUGUUGCUGGCCUUAGUGAGACAACGUGUGAGCAAAAUCCAGAGCAUAACCCAUCAUCAGCAUUGCAUCCCAGAGCAGCAGAGGUGCCCACGUUGCCAGUCAUACAGGAGAUGAGGAUCGCGCCCAGUGUUGCUUCGCUGGGUUCUCUGCCUUCUUCCUGCUUUGAAUUAAGUAGCAGCAAUCUGGACAUUCAUAACGGGAGCGAGGUGCCCCUGGGAGAGAUCCAGCUGACGGUGCGCUACGCGUCGGUGCGGCAGAGCCUCGUUGUGCUGGUCAACGGCUGCAGAAACUUAGUACCCUCUUCCAAUCGUGGAGUAGAUCCAUAUGUUCGUAUAUACCUGCUUCCAGAUAGAAGAUGGGCAAGCAGGAAGAAGACAUCUGUUAAGAAGAAAACUCUGAACCCCCGAUAUGAUGAGAAGUUUGAAUUUUUUGAAUCUUUGGAAGAUGUCAAGAAAAGGACACUGGAUGUUGCAGUGAAAAACAACAGGCCGUUCAUUUCUCAGGAAAGGAAGGAGCUGGGAAAAGUGCGGAUUGACUUGUCACAGGAGGACUUAAUAAAAGGCUUUGCACAAUGGUACGAGCUGACAAGGAGUAGGCGCAAGAAAAAUUGA